AUGUCAAAAUCAUCUUCAUCAAUAUCUUCAUCAUCUUUUCCCAAACUACGUUUGGGAAAAGAAUUGUGCUUCUGCGAGUUGGAAGCCACAUUGAAAUGGUCAACUACUACAAAAAACCCAAGAAGACCCUUCUCAGGGUGUGCAAAGUAUAAUACCCAGGGCUUACCAUAUUGUAAGUUCUUCAAGUGGUUGGAUGGUAAUGAAGUGAUUGAGCUACAACAACAAGAAAGAAUUGAUGAAUUGUUAAAGAAAGAGAAAGAUGUAGAGAACAUACUUCAGAUGCUGGAAAAGAGGGAGAUUGAGCUACAUAAGAUAGUGGAUCGCCUCGAGAGGGUAUCUUGCAAGGUUCUUUGA